AUCUCACGAUAUAACCCCAUUACCAAGAGGAUAAGACAUUAUCCAGCCAAUGCCUGUCUGCUCCCCAUCUGUUCUCUGCACGGUGCUGCUGUCACCACAGUAGAAGGUGUAGGAAGCACCAAGGCCAGGAUUCAUCCUGUUCAGGAGAGGAUUGCCAAGUGUCAUGGCACACAGUGUGGCUUCUGCACCCCUGGGAUGGUGAUGUCCAUCUACACCCUGCUCAGGAACCAUCCAGAGCCCACUCUGGAUCAGUUAACUGAUGCCCUUGGUGGUAACCUGUGCCGUUGCACUGGAUACAGGCCCAUAAUUGAUGCGUGCAAGACUUUCUGUAAAACUUCUGGCUGCUGUCAAAGUAAAGAAAAUGGGGUUUGCUGUUUGGAUCAAGGAAUAAAUGAAUUACCAGAGUUUGAGGAAGGAAAUAAGACAAGUCCAAAACUCUUCUCAGAAGAGGAGUUUCUGCCAUUGGAUCCAACUCAGGAACUGAUAUUUCCUCCAGAGCUAAUGAUAAUGGCUGAGAAACAACCACAAAGGACCAGGGUUUUUGUUGGUGACAGAAUGACAUGGAUUUCUCCAGUGACCCUGAAGGAACUUCUAGAAGCUAAAGUCAAGUAUCCGCAGGCCCCUAUUGUCAUGGGGAACACCUCUGUGGGGCCUGAAGUAAGAUUUAAAGGCACCUUUCACCCAGUUAUAAUUUCUCCUGAUUGUGUUGAAGAACUGAGCGUCGUAAACCAUGCAGAUGAUGGUGAGUUCUUAUGGUCCCUGUUUUCUUAGUUAAAAUGCAUUAAU